AUGGCUGGGGGCAUGUGGGGACUUGACUGGGGGCACCCCAUGGGGACCCUAACCCUGACAGCUCUAGCUGAAGGAAUACGGUCCGGCCAGAGGCAGCCUCUGGGACCCCCUUCCACAGGCCCUCAGCCUGAGUCCCAGCAGCUUGGAUCUCAGGCUGAGCUGCAGGACCAGGCACCCACUAAUUCUGAAGCUGAGCCUGGAAGUGGGACCACUGAUCCCACAGCUGGCUGUGAGCCCUGCUCCCCACRUAAUGCCCAGGAGCCAGCCCCAGAGGGGCCCCAGCAGGCCUUCCAGAGUUCCUGGGAGGAGGGUGCUCUCUCUGACCUUGYGCUCUACACGGCUGCCUGCUUGGAAGAGGCUGGCUUUGCAGGGACCCAGGCCACAGCACUCACCCUGUCCUCAGCCUUGGAGGCCCAUGGGGCACAACUGGGAGACCAGGUGCAUGCCCUGGUGCGUGGGCUGCUGGCACAAGUGCCCAGCUUGGCCGAAGGGAGGCCACGGCGGGCGGCCCUGCGGGUACUGAGCGCACUGGCCCUGGAGCAUGCGCAGGAUGUGGUGUGGGCGCUGCUGCCACGGUCGCUGCCUCCAGAUUGGGCAGCGGCAGAACUGUGGCGCAGCCUCAGCCGGAACCAGCGCGUGAACGGACAGGUGCUGGUGCAACUGCUGUGGGCGCUGAAGGGAGCAGCAGGGCCCGAGCCCGAGGCGCUGGCGGCCACGCGGGCUCUUGGGGAGAUGUUGGCGGUGUCCGGCUGUGUGGGAGCCACGAGAGGAUUUUACCCACACCUGCUGCUUGCACUGGUCACACAGCUACAUGAACUGGCUCACGGGGCACGCUCUCCUGACAGCCCUAAGGUUUGGGCCCCGUCCCACCGAGGGCCACCACACAGCCAUGCCAGCUGUGCGGUGGAGGCCUUGAAGGCCCUCCUCACGGGGGAUGGUGGUCGCAUGGUGGUCACCUGCAUGGAGCAAGCGGGAGGCUGGAGGAGAYUGGUGGGAGCCCACACCCACCUAGAGGGUGUCCUGCUGCUGGCCAGUGCCAUGGUGGCACACGCCGACCACCACCUUCGAGGCCUCUUCGCAGAUCUGCUUCCCCGGCUGCGCAGUGCCAACGCCCCGCAGCGCCUCACCGCUAUGGCCUUUUUCACAGGGCUGUUGCAAAGCCGGCCCACCGCACGGCUACUGCGGGAGGACGUCAUCUUAGAGCGGCUUCGGACCUGGCAGGGCGACUCUGAGCCCACAGUGCGUUGGCUGGGCCUGCUAGGCCUCGGCCACCUGGCCCUGAAUCAAGGGAAGGUGCGGCAUGUGGGCACGCUGCUGCCGGCGCUCUUGGGCGCACUGGGCGAGGGCGACGCGCGGCUCGUGGGUGCAGCGCUGGGUGCACUGCGGAGGCUACUGAUGCAAAGGCGAGCUCCGGUGCGGCUGCUGAGCCGGGAGCUCCGGCAAAGCCUCCCGCCGCUGCUGGACGACGCCCGGGACUCAGUCCGCGCCUCGGCUGUCGGGCUCCUGGGGACGUUGGUGCGACAGGGCCAGAGUGGGCUCCGUGUGGGGCUCCGCGGUCCCCUGCGGAAGCUCAUACUACAGAGUCUCGUGCCGCUGCUGUUGCGCCUUCACGACCCCAGUCGGGACGCUGCUGAGAGCUCGGAGUGGACGCUGGCCCGCUGUGACCAGGCUCUUCGCUGGGGCCUGCUGGAGGAGAUGGUCACUGUGGCCCACUAUGACAGUCCUGAGGCUCUAAGUCGUGUCUGCCGGCGCCUGGUUCAGCUCUACCCCAACCACCUGCCCCGAUUCCUGAGCCAGACCCAGGGCUAUCUGCGGAGCCCUCAGGACCCACUGCGGCGCGCGGCCACUGUGCUCCUAGGCUUCCUGAUUUAUCACGCAAGUCCCAGUCGAGUCAGCCAGGAGCUGUUGGAUUCCCUGUUCCAGGACCUAGGGCAGCUGCGGAGUGACCCCGAGCCGGCGGUGGCCGCGGCGGCGCACGUGUCUKCCCAGCAGGUGGCGCUGCUGACCUGUUCGCAGGACCGACGGCGCGGUCCUCGCUUCCUGCGCCUCCCUUGGCGUCGCGCCCGCUCAGUUCAGCCCGCGCCUCUCUACGAUGACAGCCCRUUCCAGCGUAGGAGCCUCGCAGGCCGCUGGGGCAGCUCGGGAACCCACUGA